AGGAGGUUGACGUUCCUCGUUGUUUUUGAUGGCAUGUUGCGCAAAGUUCAGGCUCGGACAGGUGACGUUCUGACAUAUGAUACGUAUGAUUGAUAUCUGCACUGAAAAUUUUUGGGAUAAUUAUGUAUUAUUUGGCACAAUUUUGCUGCAUUUGUAUCAAAACUGAUGUGGAUUUGAUAGACGUCGAUAGUGAUGACGAAGAUUCGAUAAAAUUUAAAGAGAAACUUGAGGAAUGCACGAAAAUUGUUAUCAGCAAAGAAAGAUUUCCGACAAAAAUAUGUACCCAAUGCGUUGAGAAAUUAAAAGUAUCAUAUGACUUUCAUGAGAUGUGCAAAAAAUCAUCAAAACUUCUACAAGGAAUUUUGUCUGAGUUAGUGAGCGAUUCUGAAAAAAUAACGACUGAAAAUUUCUCGAAUUCUGAACUGAGAGUCACUCUAUCACCUCUAAAACUACAACAAGAUGAAUCACAGGGAAGGGUGGCUCAAAAAAAUGGAUCAUCUAUACUCAAAUCUCUGUUAUCUUGUAAAAAUAUAUCAAGAAAAGCUACAUUAGACACCAAUGAUUCUCAACGAGGGGGUCUCCGAAACAUCAUUGCAUUUACUAGAAGUUUUGAUUUUGGAUCAAAGUGCAGAAUACUUGAAUUGAAAGGAGGCACCUCUUUGCCAUCCAAAUUGACUGGAAAUAGAGUACGAUGUCCUAGAUGUUGUUUGAACUUAACCGAUUAUCCCCCAAAGGUACAUUUGAAGGCCAAAAGGAAGCAGGAUAAAUUUACUAGAAAAAUGUUUAAAAGGGUGCAAAGAGGACAACGUCUUACUAGCUAUCAGCAAAAAUUCAAGCAGCUCCUACCAAAAAUGUCUGAUAAAAGCGCACUUAUUCGAACAUGUCUAUUUUGUAAAAAAGAAAUUGAAACAGAUAUUAAAUUUCAAAAGAGAAAGAGCAAAACUAAUCCAAACGAAAGUACUACUUCUGUUCAACAAAAAAAGAGGAAAAAAAAGAAAGACAAAUAUGCUGGAUUGAUACCAAGUGCAUGUAUAACAUUGGAUGAAACCAUAGAGGAAAAGAAGGAUGUACCUGUGAAGAAAAGUGUUACUCAAAUUUUACAUGAAAAUGUUCUGAAGCAGAAAGAGGAAGCUAAAAUUAAAUAUAACGUAGUUGGAAACAUCAAAGAUAAGAAAAAGAAAAAACGAAAAUCCAAGAAGAUCGAGGAAAAAGUAAUUGUUAAAUCUACAAAAAUGAAAAUAGACGAGAGAAAACAGAGAAAAGCGGAGCGACAGAAAAAAAAUAAGAUCGAAAAUUUAUUGAGUGCCACCGACAAACCCAAGGCAUCAAAUAUCUUAUCUGGAUUCCUUGAAUCUUUGUGAGUUUACUAUACUUUUAAGGGGGAAGGAUUAUUGAAUGAAAUAUUUUAUUUUUAUAUAUGUAUAUAUUGCUCAAUAGACAAUUUAUUUGGAAA